UGUUUUCUCUUUCUCUCUCUCUCUUUUGUAGAUAGGAUAUAAUUUGGAAUAACCUCGUAUAUCACAUGCGAAGAACCCAAUGCGUUUGGUACUAUGUAUUCAUCAGCUUAUAACUAUUUAUAAAGUUGGCUGGUUGACCGAUUUACUUAUUUCGUCGAAUAAAAACAUUACUCGAGCCAUGAGACAAUCAUUUUUGUGAAGUUUAUGAAUUAGUUAUAUCUAGGAAUUAUCACAAUAAAUAUGGCUCUGUUAGGUGCACAACUCGUUAUCACUCUUAUUAUGGUCAGUGUCAUUCAAAAAUUAAGUCCACAUUUUUCAUUAGCAAGAUGGAUGUUAUGUUCCACCGGAUUGGUUCGAUAUUUAUAUCCGACGGAUCAGCAACUUAGAAUCCUUGCUGGAGUACCUAAAGAAAAACAUAAAAAGGGUAAACAUGUAGAAAACGGAAAGGUGGGAGAUGUAUUUCAUGUCCCUAGAAACUUGGAUCUUACGUUGGAAAGUACUAAGAUUACGGUAUUAGACAUAGUACAUUUAAAGUACUACAUGGAGUAUCAGUGGUUAUUAGACUUUUCUAUUUAUGCUACAAUCGUAUACGCAAUGACAGAGGUAUAUAAUUAUUUCUAUCCGAUUAAAGAUGAAAUCAAUUUGAGCAUGCUUUGGUGCACGUUGGUAUUGGGCUUUGCAUUUAAGGUGUUACUUUCACUUUGGAUACGAUAUUUCAAGGGAGAAGAAAGCGUCGGUGAAAGAUCUACAUGUAUUGUUACUGGAUUUGCAUAUCUUCUAAUAGCUAUGAUGGUGCUAAUUGUAGAUGAAAACAAUCUUGAGAUUGGAUUGGAGAAAGCAUAUACGAGCUUUAACCACAGCGCCUCCUUGUUUUUAGACAAUCAAGGCCUUUCUUCUACUGGUCCUGCAUCAAAAAUUGUUGUAAAGUUCUUCCUUGCUUUGUGGUGUGGACUUCUUGGAUCUCUUUUUACUUUCCCAGGUUUAAGAGCAUCAAAAAUGCAUUGGGACGCGUUAAGAUAUUACAAAGAUAGAAAACUUUUGUUGCUAAUAGCAAAUAUAAGUUAUGCUUCACCACUUCUGUUAACUUGUCUAUGGAUUAAACCAAUAAGCAGAGACUAUCUUACUGUUCGAAUUUUUACAGGAAUGGAUGGCCCACUGAUGACUGCUGCAACUUUCGAAAGCAUGAGAUUCAUAGUAAUAAUUCUUGCACUUUUAUUAAAAAUGAUUUUAAUGCCAAUUUAUUUGCAAUCCUAUUUAAAUUUAGCUAUACAAAAGUUAGAAAAUCAGAAAAAAGAAGCAGGUAGGAUAACCAAUGUUGAAUUGCAAAAAAAAAUUGCAGCUGUGUUUUACUACUUAUGCGUUGUAGCAUUGCAGUUCAUUGUUCCAAUUAUUAUGUGUUUAUUUUUUACAUUUAUGUAUAAGACACUUGGUAAUUAUACAUGGGAAGGUAUUAUUAAAGGUACGUUGGUUGAAGAAUGUCCAGCUGAUGAAUCAACUAAAUUUGUACAAAAUAUCAAUAUAGAAACUAACGAAAAGACUGUUACACAAACUGCCCAAGAAAUUCAACAUACAUUUGGUUCAUUAAAACAGAUAUUUACUAUCGAUGUAUAUAGAGGUUUGUUAGGAUUAGCAACAUGGUGGACUUGCUUUGCACUGUUUGCUACCACAGCUAUGGGAAUGUUUUAUCAAUCAUACUUUUCAACCAUGUAAAAUCCCAUCAAAAAUUUAAUGUCACAGCGCACAAAUUUACAUCGUUCCUCGCAUCAUACCCUCCAUAUUAAUACCACGAAUACAUUACAUUGAAAAUUAUCUCAUAUCAAUAAAAAUACGUGUUUUUAGAGAAUACCUUUACUUAAAAGUGGGUAUAUAUACAUUUAUAAUAUUGAUCCUUUUACGAUCGAUCGUAAUAGGUAUUGUCUAAGAUUUUAUAACGCUAUUAGUAUUAAGAACACGAUUGUAAUACGAAAAUGUAGAAAAUAUGUAUGCUUCUUUCAGAAUAUUUGCCAAAAUAAAUAUACAAAAAGUAUAU